AUGAACGAAGCGGGACCCAUCGAGGACUUCGGGUACAUGGUGCACCCGACGAUUAUGGCGACGCACUCGUUCGGCAACGCGCCGGCGCUCGACGUGCUGCUCGUGCCGGGGGGCAUCGGCAACGUGGCGCUGGAGCAGGCCAACAACACGUCCGUCGAGGACUUCAUCCGCCAGCGCUAUCCCAAGCUGGACUACCUCGUGAGUGUGUGCACAGGUGCCGGAAGUCUCGCCAAGGCGGGAGUGCUCGAGGGUCGGCGGGCGACGUCGAACAAGGGCGCGUGGGAUUGGGUCACGAAGCAGGGCACGAACGUCACGUGGGUGCCGUCGGCGCGGUGGGUGGUCGACGGGAAUAUCUGGACAAGCUCUGGUGUCAGCGCAGGUACUUCACCGGCCAUGGCACUAGGGAUCGACAUGGCCUAUACUUUUCUGUCACACGUCUACGGCGCAGACGACCAGGCCCUAAUCAAUACCAUGAACGGUAUUGAGUACGCGCCGCACCUGGACGCGCAUUGGGACCCGUUUUCGGUUGUUCACAAGGCAUGUCUCCGUUUUCUUGAGUGUUGGUCAGGCCGGGCUUGGGCUAAUAACUAA